AUGCUAAGCACCAGAGUGCUUGUACAAUGCUCCGAGUCUCCCCACUCUCGCUCUGAGCAUCCCAAACUCUGCGCCCUCUGUUCGCCUGUAACCCCCAAUCCCCUCGGCAAUCUUGACAGAAUCAACCGAGCUCUGCUGACAAUCAUCCCAUCAACAGAGCAGUCUGGCCGCAUCACCUUCAACCUCUUCUACGACGUUGUCCCCAAGACCGCCGAGAACUUCCGUGCUCUCUGCACUGGUGAGAAGGGCUUCGGCUACAAGGGCUCUUCCUUCCACCGCAUCAUCCCCGAGUUCAUGCUUCAGGGUGGUGACUUCACCCGUGGUAACGGCACUGGUGGCAAGUCUAUCUACGGCGAGAAGUUCGCCGACGAGAACUUCCAGCUCAAGCACGACAAGCCCGGUCUGCUCUCCAUGGCCAACGCCGGCCCCAACACCAACGGCUCCCAGUUCUUCGUUACCACCGUCGUCACCUCGUGGCUCAACGGCCGUCACGUCGUCUUCGGUGAGGUCGCUGACUCCGCCUCCCUGAACAUCGUCAAGGCUCUUGAGGCUACCGGCUCCUCCAGCGGCACUGUCCGCUACGGCAAGCGCCCCACCAUUGUUGACUCUGGUGCCUUGUAA